AUGGGUACCAAAAGGAGGCUUCUCUAUCUUCCUGAUGAAGAGGCUGCAUUACUUGGUGAACUAACAGACUCGCCACGUCCACGGCCCUCUCGCCUAUCGCGGUUACCCAUUCCCUUAUCAGACAGUGAAAAGAGGAAUUCACCCACUCACGAUGGUGUCGAGACUUCCACCACAAACACUAUUGAUACUUCUGUUUUUGUCUCAUACAAUGGAUAUACUUUGGCAGAUGGAUCAGGCACUCUUCAUCCACCGUCAACAACACGAGAUGCCGUCGCACUCUAUAGAUCACUUAGAAACUGUUGUACGUACUUGUCCACCUAUAUCCAGCCUCAGUACAUACCUGAAACACAAACAGAUUGUUCGUCAUCCUUAUCUUUGAGCAAUUACAGUAGAUACGGUGAAUACUCUGAUUCUGAAAGUGACUCUGAGCCGCGUCCAAGGUCACGCAAGCGACGCAAGCAAGAACCUGAUUUAUCAAGGAAGAAUGGUUAUUCUCAAAUGACAGUUCUAGAACUUCGAGAACUACUUCGAGAGAGAAACCUUCCUAUUUCUGGAGCCAAGGCGCUUCUUAUUUCUCGUCUUGAAGAAAGUGACGCCACUCUACUUGAGAUGAAUUGCAGCGAUAAGAGCGUCAAAACACCACUAGAACCCACCAAUGGUGACACCUCUGAUGAAGACUCUUAUUUUGAACUGGAAUCUGAAAAGGAAAACAAACCUUCUAAUAUGUGGAAUACGCUUCUUAAUAUAGGGUCGAAACUUUUCCGUAGAUCCACCGGAUCUCAUCCUGAAGAUUCGGAUAGUUUACUUCGCAAACGUCGACGAAGUGCAUAG